AUGGAGAAGGAAACUCAAGGAAACGCUGCUCAGCCUCCAACAUGUAUUAAUGGCGGUGAGAGGAUUGACUCCUACGGCUUUGAGAGACAUCAUGAUUUUGAAUCCUACAAGGAGAUGAUGGACGAGUACGUGGCUGUCCUCAACAGAAGAUCCAUGAGAUGGUCCAAGCUCCUCCAAGAGACACCUCACGUGGAGAAGAACCUGACAGUGAAGAGGUACGUGCGUAAAGGAGUUCCCAACGAGCACCGGGCCAGGAUCUGGAUGGCGGCAAGUGGUGCCCAGGAACGACUGGAGAGUAACCCGGGUCAUUACCAGUCCCUGCUGGUCGCGGAGCAUGACCCCAAGCUGAAGGAAACCAUUCAAACAGAUAUAAACAGAACCUUUCCGAACAACGUCCUCUUCAAGAGCAAAGCCGAGCCCGGCCUGCAGAGGGCGCUGUACAAUGUGCUGCUGGCGUAUGGGCACCAUAAUCAAACAGUGGGGUACUGUCAGGGAAUGAACUUCAUUGUAGGCUACCUCAUCAUCAUCACCAAAGAUGAAGAGAAAUCCUUCUGGCUCAUGGAUGCACUGGUGGGCAGAAUACUUCCAGACUAUUACAGCCCGGCCAUGUUGGGGCUGAAGAUUGACCAGGAGGUUAUUGAUGAGCUGGUGAAGACAAAGUCUCCUGCAGUCGGACAGCUCAUGGCUCAGUAUCCCGGUAUCUGGACCCUGGUGGUGUCACGCUGGUUCAUCUGCCUCUACAUUGACAUCCUCCCAAUAGAGACAGUUCUACGCAUCUGGGAUUGUCUGUUCUAUGAAGGCUCUAAGGUUCUCUUCCGUGUCGCUCUGACACUCAUUGCUCACCACCAGCCGGAGAUCCUGAGAGCACGCUCUCUGUGUGAUGUGUGCGAGUGCUUCAAACAGAUCACGUGUGGAGCGUUCACGCUGGACUGCCACACCUUCAUGCAGAAAAUAUUUACAGAACCUGGAAGCCUCUCAAUGGCAACUAUUGAGAAACUGAGAGAGAAAUGCAGACAACAAAUCCUGUCGGGGGACUUGAGACAACCGUAA